AUGCAGGUCUUUCGAGUUUUGCAUCUACUUAUCUUGAUCUCCUUAACAAGAACAACAACAUUAACAAAAGCCAAGAGCAUCAGCAAAAAAGGAUGCAAUGAUACGUGCGGAGGGAUCUUGAUUCCAUUCCCUUUUGGGAUUGGAAGAAAUUGUUUUCUGAACAAAUGGUACAACGUUGACUGUAACUCCUCGAUACCAUAUCUACCUUCACUCAACAACGUGGAGGUCUUGCAUGCAAGCUCCACCGGAGAUGUCAUUGUUAACGUAUCCAUGACUUUUGAUUGCGAGAAUUCAAUGCAGAAUAGCACUCUUGUCCUAAGUGACGAGAGUCCCUUUGCUAUUUCGGUAUACGACAACAGCUUCUUCGUUAAGGGAUGUGGCAAUAUUUAUGCUAACGUGACAAAGAGUGGGAGUAUUGUCGCUGGUUGUUCAACGAUUUGUCGCAAAAAAACUGUUAGUGACAGAAACAACUGCUUUGGAGUUGGUUGUUGCCAAAGUACGUUUUCUUAUUAUCUCGAAUCGUUUAACUUGAAUCGAACUGGGUUGAAAAGGCCGGUUGGAGAUGGAAGCUGUGGGACUGCCUUCUUCAUGAACAGUGCAUACUUCGAAAAAGGCUUUCCUCGACAAUCUAUUGAUGGGGACAACAUUUAUGUUCCGAUAACACUUUCUUUGAUUUAUUCAGCAUCCGGAGAUGUAAGUUCGCCAGAAUGCAAAUGGUGUGAAAUGAAGGGAGGGUAUUGUUCCAUAAAUGUUGACGCAGCCUCGGGUACGAGUUGUUAUAUUUACGGAAGGAGCAAAAAAAUAGGUGUCAUUCUUGGUAAGCUGUUCUCUUAA